CGGCAGGGUUGCCUUAAGGAGGCUCCUUCGCACUGCCACGAGCGGAGCUGCGUUCCCGGCGCUGCCUAUAAAAGGGCUCGAUCCAGCCCGUGGGCGGCUGAGCAGGAUCCACGCCGGAGCCGGGCGAACCCCUGGCGAGCUCCUGCCGCUCAGGGCACCUGCUGGCACGCGGCGGGGAGGGCGCUGGCGAGCCUUGUAGCCGGGCCGGACCCGUUUCCUCCCUGCGGUGGGAGCUGCUCGCGAGCCAGCCCGGCGGACACGUUCAGGUGCAGAAUCGCUCUGGAUUCCCAGAGAGCCUCAUGGUGAGACCCCGCCCGCCCGCGCAUCUCCCCAGGAAGGUUCUGCGUGAGUCUGGGACACAAGUUCAGUUCAGCACUUACCUGAACCAGUUGCUGUUCAUCCCUGCUCAUAGCCAAGCACUGCAUCCAUCCCAGGAUCUCCAAGCUCUUCAGUGAAGUCAGCCUCAUAUCUCUUUCCCUUGGGUCAAGAUCAUUUAUCCCCUCCUACAGACGAGAGGAGUGACUUGCCCAAAGUCACCCAGAAAAUCAAUGGCAGGGCCUCCAGGGGGAGCACUGGUGCAGCCACUGUCUGGUAGAUAGGCAUGAGGGAAGAGGUCCACUGGGAAGGGCUCACUACAUGCACUCAGCACCCAAGAAGAAUCCCCGAGGAACCAGCCCCAGGAGGGCAAAGGGAACAAAGGCUGGCACACGCUGGUCUCAAAACCGGUCAACACUGAGGCACUCUGCUGACAGCGACAGUGGUAGGGAGAUGCCUGGGCGUUGGAAGCUCUUUGCAGCAUGCUAAGGAGACGUAACCUUCUGACCACACUCCUGAUCAUCUUGCCAUGGGCUCUUCUUCUAACCUUGUGGCAUCAGUACCCAGCCACCCGCUACCUCAUCCUGCUGAGAAAAGAGACAGAUGAAAAUGCAACAGCUAAAGCUCACUUCAACGGCACAUCCCCACUGAGGGAAGAAGGACUCCCAUCAUGUAGCUGGCAACAAGCCUCGGGGGUGGCUCAAAAAGUCAUCCAGAACUAUGUGUAUUCCCGGCCUCCCCCCUGGUCGGACACUCUCCCGACCAUCUUUGUAAUCACGCCCACCUACACCCGGCCAGUGCAGAAGGCUGAGCUGACCCGGCUAGCCAACACCUUCCUACAUGUGCAGAACCUGCACUGGGUGGUGGUGGAGGACUCACCCCGGAGGACCAACCUGGUGUCCAACCUGCUGGAGAAGGCGGGGCUCAACUUCACCCACCUGAAUGUGGAGAGCCCACAGAGUCUGAAGAUGGGCGGAUCCUGGAUCCCAUCCCACAAGCCAAGAGGGACACUGCAGAGGAACCUGGGGCUGCACUGGCUAAGAGACAGCUUCAACAACACGCAGCCACCAGAAGGGGUGGUGUACUUUGCUGAUGAUGAUAACACCUACAGCCUGGAGCUCUUUGAGGAGAUGCGCUAUACGAGGAGGGUAUCCGUAUGGCCAGUGGCCUUCGCUGGGGGUCUGAGGUACGAGUCUCCCAUAGUGAGCCCAGCGGGGAAAGUGGUGGGCUGGAAAGUGGUUUUUGACCCUAACCGGCCCUUUGCUAUUGACAUGGCUGGAUUUGCAGUCAGCAUCAGACUGAUCUUGGAGAGACCUCAAGCCACUUUCAAGCUGGAGGGAGUUAAAGGAGGCUACCAAGAAAGCAGCUUGCUGAAGGAUUUGGUGACUAUGGAUGGACUGGAGCCCAAAGCAGCCAACUGCACAAAGGUUUUGGUCUGGCAUACCAGGACCGAGAGGCCGAUGCUAGGUAAUGAAGGCAAACAGGGAUUUUCAGACCUAAGAAUGGAGGUGUAAAUGGAGAGACAGCCCCAGGCUGGGUACAGGGGAGAGUUUACUCCUGAAAUGGGUCAACAGCAGCCUCCCACCUCACCAGGUCUGCUCUGCACUUUGUUGAAACCUUGGAGGAGUGCCCAGGUUGUGGCCAUGUCUACCAACACCCCCACUGCCCCAAAGUCAGAAAAAAAACCAGGGUCAGAGCUCAUAUGGUGCCCCAUGACCAUACAGAAUUUCACCUUUGACUUUAUGCACUGGCCACCAAUCCCUGGCUCCCUGCAAGAGCUCUCCUGGGUCCUGUGUUUUCAACCACUUGUUGGAAGAUGACUUCAUUAGAAACAGUCUCUUGGCUGAAGCAACAGCAUCGGGGCUGUCCAGGGGACAGAACACCCAGUGUGCAUCCUGGGUCUCCCAGCAAGGACAUGAAAUUUGAGCUUCUGCACGGCUGUGACGGAGAAGGGAGAUCUCACAAAAGCACAAGGAAAAAUCCAUCAGCAUAAGACAGGGUUGUUUUCAAAACUGUGUGAAAACAAAUCCAGCGUGAGGGGGUGUCCCUCUGAAGAUGCAAUGCUUGGCUGGGCUGUCUGUCUGAGACACUCUUGUCCAUUACACACACUUGGACAGGUGUCUAAGUGAGAGCACUUAAUUCUACAUUUCAGAGCUCAAGGAGGCACUUACAUAACUCCUCUAAGGAAUUGGGUGCCUGGGUGCUGAUUUGAGAACCUCAACAGAGAACUGGGCUCCAUGUUUGGAAACUGGGGCCCCACAGUGUCAAAUCUUCGUGUGCUGAGUUCUUUGGAUAAACACCUUCUCCCAUGCCAGGGAGAGGUAGGACCUUACAAUUCCUGUGCCUCAUAGGCUGUCUUGCUAUGUGUUCUCUCCGAUACUGGAAAGCAAGGGACAGUGCCCGGAUGGACUUUAAAGCCCUGUCCCCAGCACUGGAAUCCUUGUUGCACUAGCAUGAAGCAUUUGAGUUGAUAUACGAUCCAAGACUGUUUAUAUGGAAUUCUUCUCUAGACUCCAGUCUAGAACCAGAUCUCUAAGGAGUGGAGGGGAAUGGACAGUGAGCAACCAUAAGUCUCUGAUCACCCUCUGUGAGGAAGGUCAGUGGGACAGAGAACACCACCAUCAAGAAACAAACCUUGAGGAACUGGAAGUGGGAAGACAGUAAAUGGCAAUUAAACAGCAGUGAAAGUGACAAGGACUGAACUUUAAGAAGAAUGUUUGGUGGCGUGAGCGGAGAAGUGACUGUGUCCAAUCCGGAGCAAGCCUCAUUCCCCUGGAGGGGCAGGACACAGGCAGCCUGGAUAGAAUUCAAAGAAAGAGGAGGCAAUAGGAACUGAGGCUGAACAGGAUUUAAAGCACAAGUGUUUGUACAGUGUGUGUGUGUGUGUGUGUGAGUGAGGGGGGGGUGGUUAUUCGGAUUUCUACAGGAAGAGUCCUUGAAUAAUCCUAAAAAUACCCUUUGAUCACACCUUGAAAAUAAUUUUCCCCUCACGCCAUAAAAAAACAAAGCCCUGGGCUUUCAAAAUGCAUUGAAGCUUUUCAUGGCUGGGGGAAUUGGAGCAGGACAUGUUAUGUGGAACUGAGCCACCCCCCAAAAAAUUGGGCAGGCAGGCAGAUUUAUCUAUUUGUUGGCCUAUUUAAAUGAUCGUCCUUUUCUGCCUAUUUCCUGGUUUUUAGCCUGGAUCAUCUGACAUGUUUGUGAAGGAUUUCCCCCCUUCCUCCUCCCCUGUUAUCCCACACUCUUCUAGAUCUCACUGAGGAAUGGCAGAUCUUGCAUUCACUGCUGAAAUGUUAUAUAGUUCUUGUUCCCUGGAUUGUUUUUUUGUUUGUUUGUUUGUUUUUUAACUGAGGUCUUUAAUCAGCAAAAUAAUCAGAAGCACAGUAAAUGAGGGGAGUAAAUUAUAAGGGAAAGAAAGAUGCUUUAUGUGAGAGGUACAGGUGGCAUUAAGAGUGUGUCAAGUUUCCCCACUCUUCCAGCAGUUGCAGCCUGGGCCGAUCAUGUGCAAAUGAUUGCCUCAGUCAGAACAUGCCCACCAUAGAAUUCUGGGAAGCUCCUGAGAAAAGGACCACUAAAAAAUAUCUGAGUAGAGAUAGGCCUUGUCCCACUCUCAUGGAAUUCAGUAGCAAAACUCCCACUGCUCACUUUGAUGGGAGAAAGUGUAAAAGGGAAAGCGGAAGAGAGAUGAAACAUAUCUGAACAGAAGACACGAGAGAACGCCAUGGGUGGCAAAUAGAGAAACAGAGAGAGGCCUCAAAGUUUGGAGGGUCUCAGGUCAGUGUCCACAUCAUCAACAGACCACCAUUUUGGCCAUCUCAGUUUGAAGGUGAAAAAGUGAAUAGGCCAUGGAGACUGAACUCCCCACUUGCUCAUAGAAAGAGUCCUUCCAGGGUAGGGGUGUGGCACAUUGGCAGGGGGGGUCAUGAGGGAAGCCUUUCUCUGCCAUUGCCUAUGCUAUACCUAUCCUGGAUUCAGAGGUGAUCAGUAUCUAGGGUUAUCCGUUGUCUGAGCUCUGCGGUCCCUCCCGCACCUGAGUGGGCAGGCCUUUCAUUCUGGUGGGCCCAACCCACCAAUCCCAGUCAUCACAUAGUCUAGCUCCUUUCACCAGCACUAGACUGACACCAGCAUUAAAAAAGAGAAAGUGACCUUUUUGCCUCCUUUGUUUCUGGUAUAAAUCAAUGAGCAAGAGAAAGGAAAUAAAGGGGCUGAUUUAAGAUCUUUCGUUUUCCCAUGGAGCCAGGGUGCUCCUCCACUAGGAGGGCAGGGUCAUUGCCAAGAGGAAGAGACAUUGUUCAGUAACCCAUUAGCUAAGGAGAAUUGUAGAAUCUGGUUCAAGCCUUGCUUAGGGCCCUAAGUAAAACAAUGGAGUUGCUUUGAGCGUAGUACCUAGUGAAUGUUUCUAUUGAGGUUCUUAUAUGGCCCUCAUCACCAUAGUAACUGAGCAUCUCCCAGGCACUGGUGGAUUUUUUAUUCUCACAGAAACCCUGCGAGAAAGCAAAAUAUUAUUUUCCCCAUUUUACAUAUGGGAAAGACAGAGACAGAGGCCAACUCUACACGAUAGACUUCUUGCUGGCAUAGCUGUGUUGGUCAGGGGUGUAAUAAGGUGUGAUCUCCGACUGACAGAGCUGUGCUGGCCAAAGCCUAUAGGGAGAUGCAGUUAUACCAGCAAAACGGUGCUUUGUCCUGUAUAGCUUCGUUCGCUGGGGAGGCUGGAGUAAGCUAUAUAAGCUGUGUCCACACUAGAAGUACUUUGCCGGCGUAGCAUAUAAGUGUAGCUAUACCAGCAAGGCGUUCCUCGUGUAGACCUGGCCUGAGGACUUGUUCACACUUGAAAGAUUUGCCACUAUAGCUAUACCAGUGUAGCUAUGCUGGCACAUCCUUGUAGUGGAGACACAGCUUUGGCCAUGUCUAUACUACAAGAACUAUAAUGGCAUAGCUACAGUGCCAGUGUAACACUGUAGGGUAGAUGCAGCCUACAGCAAAGGAAGGGGUUUUUCUGUUGCUGUAGGAACACCACCUCCCUGAGAGAUGGAGCUAGGUUGAUGGAAGCAUUCUUCAUGGAAUCAAACUCUUGGAAAUAUAGGGCUGAAAGCGACCUCAGGAGGUCAUCAAGUCCAACCCUCUGCACUGAUGCAGCACCAAGUAAACUUCAAGUAAAUUCUUCCAUUGACCUAGCUGUGUCUACACUGAGGGUUAGGCUGGCCUAUCUAGGACAUUCCGGGUUGUGGAUUUUUCAGACCCCUGAGUUCCAUAGCUAUGUUGGUUUAAAAUUAAGUGUAGACUAGGCCUUCUAUGGCAAAAAAAUAAUCCUUUUGCUGGUAUAGCUUAUAUCAGUCUCCCAAGCACAAUAAGCUACACCAGCAGAAGGACUUUUGCCAGCACAGCUAUGGUGGCAAAAAUCACACACCUAACCAACAUGGCUAGGCCUCAGUGGUAGAGCCAAUAAUUGCAUCAGGCUACAGUCCAGUCUGGGGUAAUCACAAGACAUUUCUAUUAGUCUGUACAACUGGUUGUUUCUUCAUAGAAGAGACUAAGGGUAGCAGAGUGCGCGAGUAGGAACUCACGUGCAUUUGCAGAGCUAUGAGAAGGUCAAGGACUGGAAGAGCAAGAGGUGCCACAUGUUAGGAUGGCAGCUUUUCAGGAAGGUCCCAGGAGCGGGACAGCAGUGAGUGCUGUACAUCAGGUUUGAGAUGCCUAGUUGGAGUUGGGAAGGGUGGAUACAGGACUGGAACAACAGGGGAAACUGUGGGUCUGGCUUGCUGUACUAACGAUGUGGGGAAAGCAUCACAGCCCCUGGAUUUAAGCAGCAUAUAGUGUCUGAUGUUCAUAUUCUCUGCAAUGCAUUGGAAUCACCAAACAAGGAAUAUUAUUAACCUUUCCAGUUGUACUAGCAGAAAAGAAUGUUAACGAGAAAGAAUGGCCAGGAAGUCAUCUGCAAUGGUGGUUUGUUUAUAGUGAAUGGUACUGGGGCAUUAAACAUGCUGUGAAGCAGUCAGUAUAGAACUGUGGUCUUGCUUACAGUGCAAGCAGCUGCCUCCUUCCAAGAAAAGGCAGUGACUUUAUAAUAGAGAAUAUACUGUGGAGGGAGCCUCUGUUCUAAGUCAGAAGGUUUCCAAGGGCCUUCUCUUGAGUACAGGUCUUCAUCUGAUGCUAGACCCAUGAGGGAGGAAAGAUUGUAUACAAUUUCUUUCCUCCAGGGCUGUGGAGGCUGCCGGUGUGAUGGGGGUCAGGGCUAAGAUGGAGGGAAAGAUUAUUACAUUGUCUAAAUUCCUCAGAUCAUGGUUUCUUCACCCUAGCCUGCUCUUAAGGUGACAUGGUCCUUAAGGCUGGCAACAUUGAAAACUAAAGUGACCCAUAAAAGAGCCGCUCAGAGAUGCAACCAGGGUUGGCAUUGCUUACCCCUAAGAAGCCAUUACUGAUGAGUUGCCUGUCUGUCUUCACUCAGAGAGGGGGCAAUGCAAUUAAGGAAGUGGAUGAGUGGGAGAUGGAUGUGUAAGGACAAUCAGCUCCAGAUCACAAAGUGGAACAGGAGAGACCAGGAAAAGAUUCAUAAAGCUGAAAACCUGGUGGUUCUCCAUCUGAAAUCUCUCUCCCUUCAGUUCUUCUUCACACUGCAUUUUGUAUAUGUUUUGGUUUACUUCACUGACUAUUCUAGAAGGGAGGCCCAUCUCAGGCCCUACGGGACUGGCAUAGAAAUGCUAAGGCAGUAAAUCCCAAACUGUGGACCACAGAGCACUUGGUCUGUGGUGAGCUGGCUUCUUUCAUGGUUCUAAUACUCCUCAGUAUUUCCACCUGCUAAAUCAGAUUAAAAUAAGUUAAAAAUA